AUGGCGAACUCCCUAGGAGGAGGACGCCUGUCUCUUCUGUUUGCAGGAAGCAGGCGCGGCAAGAGGCCCUUCCUUCACAAGAGGGAGACGCCGCGAGCGCCUGCGCCGCACGCGGCGCCUCCGCGCCCUUCACCUCCACACGUCUCUCAGGUCUCCGCGCCUCCCCCAGAAACUGCGUGUGCUGCGGCGUGCCUGCAGUCGUCGGCGUUCCGCUCCUGUCGCUCAGCUUUCCUUCGUUCUCUCUCCUCUGCUUCUCGUCUGCAUGCGUGGCAUGCGCGCGAGUCUCCGUCUUCGUUUUCUCCGUCUCCCGGUCUCCGCGGCGUUCGCUUUCUGUCCUCAAAGGCUUCAGAGCCCUUCCGCGAGCUUCUGUCUCGCCUGGAGGAAGAAGGCAGCCGCGAGAAGCUCAGCGAGACUGCGGUCGGUUCGCAGCAGGCCGCCGCUGCCUUCGGCGGACCGCCUCAAAGCCGCUCACAGCCGGCUGCUCCAAGCGUCUCGUCUGCAGCCUCUGUGAGCGCGGCGCCGCCCUUUUCGACGCAGAAGGAGCUGCUUAGAAAGCUUCUUCUCUCGUUUUCGGCGUACUACGACCGCCACUUCUUCUACCCGGGGUCUCCGUCCUCUGCGUCUCGUCAUCCAUCUGCUUCGUCUCCCUCCCCUCCCUCUCUUUCUUCUUCCUUUUCUCCUGCUUCGUAUGCUUCCUUCGCUGUCCAGGCGUGCGCGUCGGUGUCUGUUGCUCUAGCGCUGUUUGCGUUCCAUCUGCCUCUUUUUCUCUGGAGUGUCUGGCUCUUUGAGCGUCGCCCUGCGUCGGCAAACACCGAGGAGGAGGCGCGAGAGGCCGCGCACGCCUUUGUGCGCUUCAGGCUCUUUUUCGCAACAGCCGCGAAUCAGGUCUCCUUCUUCACUCUCAUCCCGUCUCUCUCGGGAGACCAAGAGCCCCUCUCUCACACGACUGCCGCUGCCUCGUCGCCGCCUGCGCAGUCCCCCCCCUCGGUGUCGCCUCUCUCGCUCUGCGCGGACGUCUGGCGCUUGCUGGCGCCGUCGCUCUUCCCGACAGACGUCUCGCUGGCGGCGUCGGUUCUCAAAGCCUCCUGCCUCGGGCUCUCAGCGGCCGUGCUCCAGCGGACUUACGGCGGCGCGAGGACGGUCGCGGGCCUGCUGGGCGCCUCCCUCGGCUCGUCGCUCUUCUCUCUUCUCGCCUACCAAAAACUAGGCAUCUCCUCACUCCACGUGUCGGGAACCGACGGCGCCUUGUUUUUCACUUCCGCGAUGCUGCUGGCGGCGCCCGGGCUGCGGCCGCAGGACGGCGCCGGGGCGAAGGCGGGGGGCGCGAUGCGAGGCGCGAGCCGAAAGAGGGUGGUGAGCGUCCUGCCCAGAGUCCCCAUUGCGGCAACCGCACUCGCCGUUCCCGUCUUCUUCGAGCUCGCACUGCGGGCGCCGGAGGCCCUCGAGAGUCUGCUGGCGGCUGACGUGUCUCCCGCACGGCGGGGACGCGACGCGGCUGGCGGCGCAGAGCCCUACCGCGCGCAGCAGACCCAGCGCAGAGAAGGGACAGCAGCCGCAGGAGAAGCAGGCGCUGAGGCAGGACGCGAGGAGCGAGGCCAAGGCGGACGGCAGAGUCUGUCGCUCGCUGGCGAGACGCACACGCAGACACAGCGAGGAGCAGAAGGCGGAGCUGCUUCGGCGAGCGCGCGAGAGGCAGCGACCGACCCGCUGCAGACGUUGAGGGUCGCGUCGCGUGGAGAUCACAGCCAUGGCGAGGUCGGCUUCUCUCCCUCUUCUGCGGAGUCUCCUUCUUCAUUCGAGCGCGCUUCGCAGCUGCGAGACGCCGGAAGCGUGCAGGAACGCGUCCUGUUUGAAGCGGCGCUGGCUGCGGGCGCUGCAGCCGCGUUGGAGCGACAGCGCGAGCGAGGAGAGAUGGUCUCGAGAGAGCUGCAGAGAGCGCGGCUGGGGGCGGAGGAGGCAGCAGAGGAGUGGGAGCGACGCUGGGCUGCGCUGGAAAUCCGCGACAUGCGCGUCGUCGGCGAUCUCUUCGUCUUCGUGUUGACGCUUGUCGGCGCGAGACUCUUUCGGCGCGCCCCGUAG